AAAUCAUAAAAAUUACAUCAGCCACCGGCCCCAAGGCAAAAGGGUGCACGCUCUAACAAUAGUUUGCUUCAUAAAUACAGAAAAUAUCUGAUGCUUUGUUUUCUAGCUCAUCAAGUUGCAGCCUAAACAGGCCCAGCAAAUACGAAACUUAUACGUGUCACCAUCUAAAACCAAUCAAUCCACUUGCCAACCGUCUUCUCGGACCCAUUUUAUUUCUUUAGACCACACACUUUUCACUCAGAAAUAUCUCGCUGCUCUCCUCAGCCUGUUGCGCUCUCCGCAGACUUCACACGUUUCUCAGCAAAAAUGGAGCGCUUCUGCCUCCUUUCUCUCCUCAUCUGCACCCUCUUUUCCUCUACCUUUGCGGCCACCGUAUCCCCCGAUGAGGUCGAGGAUCCUUUGAUUCGCCAAGUCGUGCCGGAAGCCGAGGAUCACCUCCUUAACGCCGAGCACCAUUUCACUACUUUCAAGUCUAAAUUUGGGAAGAACUAUGCCACGCAGGAAGAGCACGACCACCGAUUCAAAGUGUUCAAGGCUAAUCUCCGACGGGCGAGGAAGCACCAGAUGAUGGACCCUUCCGCAGUUCAUGGAGUCACGAAGUUCUCAGACCUGACACCACGUGAGUUCCGCCGUCAGUACCUUGGCUUGAAGCGGCUCCGGUUGCCGGCCGAUGCUCACGAGGCGCCGAUACUUCCGACUAACGAUCUUCCUUCAGAUUUUGACUGGCGUGAUAAGGGUGCCGUCACAAACGUCAAGGACCAGGGGGCGUGUGGAUCGUGCUGGUCAUUUAGUGCCACCGGGGCUCUGGAAGGAGCUCACUUCUUAUCAACGGGGGAGCUGGUGAGCUUGAGUGAGCAGCAGCUUGUGGAUUGUGACCAUGAGUGCGAUCCAGAAGAAUAUGGUGCCUGUGAUUCAGGCUGCAAUGGAGGGUUGAUGACUUCUGCUUUUGAGUACACCCUCAAGGCUGGGGGACUGGAGCGCGAGGAGGAUUAUCCUUACACUGGGACUGAUCGUGGACCGUGCAAGUUUGACAGAAGCAAAAUUGCUGCAUCUGUAUCUAACUUCAGUGUUAUUUCUAUUGAUGAAGAACAAAUUGCUGCAAAUUUGGUGAAGAACGGUCCACUUGCAGUGGGGAUCAACGCAAUGUUUAUGCAGACAUAUAUUGGAGGAGUUUCUUGCCCAUACAUUUGCUCAAAGAGUCAGGAUCAUGGGGUGCUUCUUGUGGGGUAUGGAGCUGCAGGUUAUGCUCCUAUCCGGUUUAAGGAUAAGCCCUUCUGGAUUAUCAAGAAUUCAUGGGGUGAAAAUUGGGGAGAGAAUGGCUAUUACAGGAUCUGCAGGGGUCGCAAUAUUUGUGGAAUGGACGCCAUGGUCUCUUCUGUUGCUGCUAUUCAUACCGCUCGUCAGUAAAUUAUUGCAAUUUAGCAGCAGAUAUUGUGUAUAUAUCUAAAGAGUGAUGCAUAUUGUUAUAAAUUAUAAAAUAUGUGGGCUCCAAAGAACUUACUCUGGCAGGAACUGUUACUAUGUGGUUGCUAUUUGUAAUUUUCUUAUCGCGACGUUCUAUUCAAGCGUUGUAUAUGCUUAUUGCUACCAAUAACUAUUAGUCCUAAUUAAGAUGCUUAUAUAAUUUGUUUCUAUAUAAUAAUGUCGUAAGUCUUUUCUUCUA